GGUGAUGGCGGCGUAAACAACGCAGUGAACGGUUGAACCGCUGCACAGAAUAAAGCGUAAAAAGUGAAGCUUUAACUAAACAGAGUAUGCUUUCAGGACUAGGUGGAUUCCUCCUCGCUGUGCAACCUAAUAAGACUCCACUGGCUCACUUCUUUGUGGUGUUUAGCCGCUGGUUUCGGCUAACUUUUAGCCAAGUUUGCUACCUUAAGUAAAAGUAAUAGUGUUUGUACAAAUGGACUGCGUCGUGACGGGAGGAAACGUGAAAGUGCUGGCCAAAGCCAUCCAUUCUCUGUCCCGGAUCGGUGAUGAGCUGUAUGUGGAGCCGCAGGAAGAUGGGGUGAGCUGCUCUGACGCACUGCCAUGCAUUAAGAGUUGUUGCUUCCUGUACACCACCCCGAGUGGGCACUCCUUCCGCUGCAAGAUUGCAAUAAAGAGUGUGCAGGCCGUAUUUAGGUCUCUAGCGUCUCUGGAGAAGACAGUGGAAAAGUGUGACAUUGUUCUGGACGAGCAGAAGAACCGCCUAACCUUCACCCUGCACUGCAAACACGGUCUCCUGAAGACACAUAACCUGUCUUUCCAGGACAGUGAAAGCUUACAGGCAGUGUUUGAUAAGGACAGCUAUGCCAAUGUAUUCAGAUCCCAUCCCAGGCUGCUGGUGGACACAGUUGUGCACUUCCCUCCUUCUCUGGAAGAAGUGACUGUGUCAGUGAGUGAUGAGCGGAUGUGGGUCAGGAACCAUGUGGAGGAAGAAGACCAGUCCAAGGCCAUGCUGACAGAGCUGUGUCUGGCUUCAGAUGAGUUUGACCAUUUUGCCGUCCAAAUCCACAACAGCGUUACGUUUUGUCUGAAGGAGUUACGGGGUUUGUUAGUGUUUGCAGAAUCUACUGGUCUCCCUAUUUCUAUGUACUUUGAUGAACCGGGCAGCCCUGUAGUGCUUUCGGUAACGGACAGUGUCCUGGAGGGGAACUUUGUGCUGGCCACACUUUCUGAUGACCCCAACCACCGUAAAAACAACUCUAGACGAGCGCUCACACCUCCGCCCCCUGCUGAUGACUUCAUGAAUGACGACAUAGACUCCUACCUCAUCGCCAUGGAUACCAGUAUGGCACCAGGUCCCUCGGCUACAGGUCCGCCCACACCCCCAUUAGCUGAUUCCACAUGUUCAAAACAGCCUGCCGCAGCCAAUAACAGGACGAGGCUACACAGUGAGGAGGAGGAAGAGGAAGAUGACGCAGCUGAUUCAUCCAAACCCCCUAACAAGAAGUUCUGUUCCUUGUUCUUUGGAUCCGUGCUUCCUCCAUCUUCUCAGAUGAGCACUCAACCAGUGACAAAUCAGGAAGUGUUGGCCAGUGACAGUGAGGAUGAUGUAUAAUGAAGCGGAGUGACAGUGGACUGACCUGAAAGCUUGUGAAAGUGUUGUACAGGAUUUUUUUUUUUUUUUUUACAUGGACCAAAAUAUGCAAAUAUAGUGUACAGAACAGUAACUGCUGGUGUUUUCCAACAUUUUUACUGGACUAUAAUGUGAAUGGUGGACUUAAAAAUAUGGGAUUAUGUGAAACUGGACAUGAAGCACUUCCUGUUUAUUUUUUGUUCAGAGCCUGUUCUGUUUGAGGUCAAGGUGCAACAA